AUGCGGAGGCAUAAUAACAAGCGACGAGGCAACCAGGACCCAGUAGGUGACAAACAUCGUCUCAAAGGACGUCUUCUUCGCAUCCAGCGCGAAAGUGACUGCCACACCAACAGAUCCACGGGCCUUGUGGAGGGCUGCGUAUGUGGUGAGAAGCAGGGGAUCGUGGAGCUGUGCUUAUUCCAUCGGCUCCAGGACGGUCUUCGCCAAAGCUUCUCCUACUGGGUCAUUGGGCACCUUAUCCAAUGUACUUUGCUGUUCGGGGCUCCGUCGCGUCCAUCCGACGUCUGGUACGGAAGAUACCACGAAACCGAGAAGGGAACCGGGAAGAAGAACCAGAUAUAUGGCUCCCUUUUGAAGGCGACCCGGGAAUUCUUCAGUUCCGGGAUGAAGGUCCUGGAACAGGCGGCAGUUCUCAUUGAGCUUGGUUUGUCCAAACAUUGA